AAAUGGGAAAGACGUGCCAAAGAGAAGAACUUGAAUCUAAGCGGUAAUGCCGUCCAAAUCUUCUCAUGAACACCACGCUUGUGUCCAAUCUCGUAACACCACGCGCCAGUCAUCGAUUCAACACCGCCUAGCCAAUAAAUCCCCAUGUUUACCCGCCCGAAUGGAGGGUGGUGGGAUGACGAAGGAAGCCCAGAUGACGUCCCUCGCCUCUGAGCACGACACCCAACGCGCUCUCCGGCGAAUCCAGAAGCUCUCCCUCCAUCUCCUUCAACCUUCGCCAUUUCUUGAUCCUGAAAGUUCCGGCGACAAGAACUGGAUAGUCCCGUCGCCUUGUACCGGUGGCCGCGGGAGACCGCUUCUAUCUGUCAGCCGGGCAGAGUUGGUGGAAUACAUGAAGGGGAGGCAUCGAGAGAUCCAGGAACGGAUCUUCAACUUUUUCGUCUCGCGGCCGGAGUUGCAGACGCCAGUGGAGAUCUCCACAGCAGACCAUCGUGUGCUCUGCAUGCGGCAGCUCACAGCCCUGGUCCGCGAGGCCGGAAUCCGGCCGUUCCGGUAUGCGAUUGAGGAUCCUUCUGUUUAUUUUGCCAUCGUUGAAGCCGUCGGGGGCAUAGACAUCUCUCUCGGGAUCAAGUUGGGCGUGCAGUACAGUCUUUGGGGAGGCUCCGUGAUGAAUCUAGGAACUAAAAAACAUAAGGAAAAGUACUUUAAGGGCAUUGAUAAUAUUGAUUAUCCAGGUUGCUUUGCUAUGACUGAACUCCAUCAUGGAUCCAAUGUUCAGGGCCUCCAAACAACUGCAACAUUUGAUCCUCUCACUGAUGAAUUUGUAAUCAACACACCAAAUGAUGGGGCCAUCAAAUGGUGGAUAGGUAAUGCCGCUGUUCAUGGAAAGUUUGCAACCGUCUUUGCCAGGUUGAUUUUACCAUUCCAAGGCAAAGGAGGAAAAUCUAUUGAUAUGGGUGUUCAUGCUUUCAUAGUCCCCAUAAGGGACAUGGAAACCCAUGAUACUCUUCCCAUGGUUGAGAUACAUGACUGCGGCCACAAAGUAGGCCUUAAUGGGGUGGAUAAUGGUGCACUGAGAUUUCAAUCUGUCAGAAUCCCUCGAGACAAUCUCUUGAACCGAUUCGGGGAUGUUUCUCGUGAUGGGACUUACACAAGCUCUCUCCCAACUAUUAAUAAGAGGUUUGCUGCUACACUUGGGGAACUGGUAGGUGGAAGAGUAGGCCUUGCUUACUCCUCUGUAGGGGUUCUUAAAGUUUCUGUCACUAUUGCUGUAAGAUAUUCCUUACUCCGUCAGCAAUUUGGUCCUCCCAAGCAGCCAGAGAUCAGUAUACUUGAUUACCAGUCUCAGCAGCACAAGCUCAUGCCCAUGCUUGCAUCAACAUAUGCUUUCCACUUUGCCACCCUAUAUCUGAUUGAUAAGUACUCGGAGAUGAAGAAGUCUCAUGAUGAAGACAUUGUUGGUGAUGUUCAUGCUCUAUCUGCUGGUCUGAAGGCUUAUGUGACAUCUUAUACAGCUAAAUCAAUCAGUGUUUGCAGAGAAUCAUGUGGUGGCCAUGGCUAUGCAGCUGUCAACCGCUUUGGUGUUCUCCGUAAUGACCAUGAUAUUUUUCAAACAUUUGAAGGGGACAACACUGUUCUCUUGCAGCAGGUUGCAGGUGAUCUCUUGAAGCAAUAUAAGUCAAAGUUUCGUGGAGGGACUCUUACUGUGACAUGGAAUUACCUUAGAGAGUCCAUGGCUUCAUACACAGCCCAGCCAAAUCCAGUCACUGCUCGAUGGCAAGGUGAAGAGCAUCUUCGGGAUCCAAAUUUCCAGCUGGAUGCUUUCAGGUACCGAACUUCUCGAUUGCUUCAAAGCUUGGGACUGCGUCUUCGCAAACACACGAAGACCCUUGGUGGUUUUGGUGCAUGGAACCGGUGUUUGAAUCAUCUACUGACACUGGCAGAGUCUCAUAUUGAAUCUGUCAUCCUUGCAAAAUUUAUAGAGGCUGUUCAAAAAUGCCCAGAUAAAAACACGGGUAAUGUUUUGAAGCUUUUGUGUGACUUGUAUGCAUUGGACCGCAUAUGGAAUGACAUAGGCACUUACCGCAAUGUAGAUUAUGUUGCUCCUAAUAAGGCCAAGGCAAUACACAAGUUGGUUGAUUACUUGAGUUUCCAAGUUAGGGGGAUUGCAGGGGAGUUGGUUGACGCUUUCGGUCUUCCUGAAAUUGUUAUCCGGGCUCCCAUCGGCAUGUCAUCAGAAGCAUACUCCCAAUAUACAGAAUAUGUUGGGUUUUAGUUCAUAAAAAGUCAUACAUGCACAGCUCUGGAGAAAGUCAUCUGAUCCUGGUAAACAUAUAGUAAAUAGGCAAAUACAUAAUGAAAUCUUCCAUAUUUUCCUACUGUUUUGUAUAUAUUUAAGUACAAAUUUUCUAUAAGUUUAAAAGCAUAUGAUAUUCGUGGAAUUUCAUGAUAACCAUGAAAGCCUCCAAAGCAAUGCUCUCCUCUUAUUGUUAUUAAUGUUGUUAUCUUGUAUAUGUAGGAAAUGUUUGGUUCUGUUGAAAA